AUGAAGUCGAACACACCUAUUGUGGACGGUUUCUGUCCGGCGAGGCUGACUGUCGUGCCAUCCUGUCGAGGAUGUUCUUCUGAUAAAGAUUGCCCUGGAGGACUCAAAUGCUGUCGAUUUGACUGUGGGCCUGUUUGCGUGCCACCUGUUUUCAUGAAGCCGGGUCAAUGUCCCAUACCGGAGAUGAUUCCACUGUGUGCUGAAAGCUGUUUCCAUGAUGGCCAGUGUCCUGCCACACAGAAAUGUUGCCCAACCACCGGUGGCUUUGCAUGCAGUGAACCAAGGGGCCAGGGCCAGGGAAGCGGCCAUGGUCAGGGCAACGGCCAGGGCCAGGGAAGCGGCCAUGGCCAGGGAAGCGGCCAGGGCCAGGGAAGCGGCCAUGGUCAGGGCAACGGCCAGGGCAGCGGUCUGGGAAGCGGCCAGGGCCAGGGAAGCGGCCAGGGAAGCGGUUAUGGCCAGGGAAGCGGUUAUGGCCAGGGCAGCGGUUAUGGCCAGGGCAGUGGUCAGGGAAGCGGCUAUGGUCAGGGAAGCGGUCAGGGGGGCGGCCAUGGUCAGGGAAGCGGUUAUGGUCAGGGAAGCGGCCAGGGUCAGGGAAGUGGUCAAGGGAAUGGGCAAGGAUGUGGUGAAGGAAAUGGUGGGGGAUGUGGUCAGCGACGUUGUCAGGGAUGUGGUCAUUGAAAUGCUUCUGGGGAA